GUCACCCAAGACUCGCUGAUGAACUUGUACAGCGAUGACUAAACUCGUCGCUGAAUAACUUAUUUAGCGACGAAUUGUUCGUCGCUAAAGCUAAUAGUGAGGCACCCUUGUGCGACGAUAAAAAUUGUUCGUCGCCAAAUCCGCGUUUAGCGACGAAAAUGUCAUCGCUGAGCCUAACUUUUCAGCGACGAAUGGUGGUUUUUGGCGACGAAGCGUAAAAUUUCGUCGCUAAAAGCUAGGGUGACGCGGUAUAGGCGACGGAAGAUGGAAGGAUUUGGCGACGAGUUUGGUCGUCGCUGAAUGUUUCAGCGACGGAUUUUGGAGUUUCAGCGACGAAUUUUUUCGUUGCCGAAGGUACUAUCUGUUGUAGUGACAGAAGGAGACGAAGAAACUCCACCAUUCGUCGGAGAAACUCCACCGUUCGUCGAAGAAACUCCACCAUUCGUCAUAUCUCGCCCUGCUGGACGCGACAAACAAAAGGCAGCUAAGAAGAAAGGUAAGGGGGUUGUCGAGUCAUUAGAGAGCUACACUGCUCAAUUGCUGGAGUAUGGAAGUGAGUUGAAGGAGAGGCAUGCUUUGAGGACUGAGUAUGAGCGUAGAAGGAUGGAAUUCCAAGAACAAAAAUCAAAGCGUGACCAAGAAAAGUGGGAAGUUGAGAAAAAAGAGAGGGAAGCAGCAUUAUUUCGGAACAAUCUUGAUCUUAUUGAAAAGGACUUGUCAAAGUUGACACCAAGAAAGAGGAAGUUUUACAAAAAUCAUCAAAACAUGCUCCUAGGGUAUGAUCAAGAUGAUCCCAACUCUGUUCCCGACUAUUCAUCCAACGCAAGUCAAACUGGAGGUGGAGAUGGAAAUGGAGGAGGAGAUGAAGGUGGAGGAGAUGAAGGUGGAGGAGAUUACGGGAAUUACUAUUCCCUUCUAGGUGAUUAUUGACAUGUUAUGUGUUUCUUUUUAAUCAUUUCAAGUGUUGUGUGUUAUUUUUAAACUUUAUGAUUAGCAAGUGUUGUGUGUAAUAUUUAAGCUUUAUGAUUAGCAAGUGUUGUGUGUAACCUAUGAAUUGUACCAUUUGAAUUAUUAUGUCAACUCAUUAAGCUUUAUCAUUUUUAAGUGUUGUGUGUAAACCCAAAUUAGGUUCAUAAUUUUUCACUAAAAAAAUUUCGGUCUCGAAAUUUAACAAAAUUAUAUCGAAAAAUUUGUAUUUAAAAAUGAUGACGAACUAUACAAAAAUUAACAUGAAUAAAUUAUAUUAAAGUUU